AUGUUCUGUUCAUUUAAUGAAACAACAAGUGGAGGUGGAAUGGUAGUUUGGACUGAUAAAGGUUUUACAUUAUGUUUUUUUGAUACAUUUACAACAUCAAUUCUAUUCGGUUUUAUAUUGAUUUUUGGUUUAAUUCAAUUUAUUUUUUAUAAACGAUACGGAUUUAAAAUCGAAAAAGAAUAUAUUGAUGCAUCAGUUUUAUACUCUCUCCAAGUUAUUUUAACAGUUUUAUUAGCAUGUGAACCAAUAUUAUUAUAUGCAACUGAAACAACAGCAUUUGGAAAAACUAAGCUGCCUGGUUAUACAAUAUUUCGUUUUAUUCUUCGUACGAUUGCUUGGUUAUUUUCAUUAAUAAUUCUUCGUAUUGAACGAACUAAAACAAUGCCAACUGCUCAAACACGUGGUCAUGGUUUAACAAUAUUAUCAUUUUGGUGUAUAGCUGUUUUGAUUGAAUUAUUUGCCUUAAUAUCUUAUAGUUCACCAUUAUGGUUUUUUCAACCAAUUAUUCGACAUGAUUCACCUAUUGAAGAAAUUCAUUUAGUUCGAUUUGGUUAUUGGAUAUUUCGAUUACUUGCAACAAUAUCUGUAUUUUGUAUUGGUAUUCGUGCACCAGGUGUACCACGAAGACGUUAUGCUGUUAUGUUAAAUCGUAGUCAAUCACAAGUUGAAGAAGAUAUAAGCAAAGAAAGUGUAUGGUCGAAAUUCUUUCGACAUUCAUCAAUAUUAGCACCAUGUAUUUGGCCACGUGGACAUUUUAAAUUACAAUUAAAUAUUUUCAUAUGCGUUUUAAUAGUAUUAACUGGUCGAUUACUUUCAUUAGAAAUACCAAGAUAUACGAAAUUAAUUACUGAUGAAUUAAUUCAAUCAAGUAAUGGUACAACAGAUACAUUUUUAAAUUUGGGAGCUCGAUUACGUUCACCGGAGACGUGGCCAUGGAGACUAGUCAUUAUAUUGAUGGUUCUUCGAUUGAUACAGGGUGCUGGAUCAUUUAAUUCAGGCAUAUUAGAACUCUUGCGUUCAACAUUAUGGACAAAAGUUGAUCAAUAUACAACACGUACAUUAAAACUUCGAGUAUUUACACAUUUACAUGAUCUAUCAUUAGCUUGGCAUUUAAAAAAAAAGACUGGUGAAAUUAUAUCUAUUGUUGAUCGUGGUACAGAUUCGCUUGAUUCAAUACUUAAUUAUAUCUUAUUCAAUAUAUUUCCAACAAUAGCAGAUAUAUCAAUAGCUGUUGUUUAUUUAAUAAUUACAUUUAAUAUUUGGUUUGGUAUAAUCGUAUUUGGAACAAUGUUACUUUAUCUCUCUGUAACAAUUUUUGUAACAGAAUGGCGUACGAAAUUUAAGAAACAAGUCAAUAAAUUAAAUAAUGAGAUGAAAGCAAGUGUUGUUGAUUCAUUAAUUAAUUUUGAAACGGUUAAAUAUUAUGGUGCAGAACAAUAUGAAGUUGAACAAUAUCGUGAAACUAUUGAAAAAUAUCAAAAAGCCGAAUGGACAAAUCAAUUAAGUUUACAAUUAUUAAAUUUUAUUCAAGCAAUUUUAAUUACUAUUGGUUUAACAGUUGGUUCACUUUAUUGUGCUUGGCUUGUUAGUGUAAAACAUGAAUUAACUGUUGGUGAUUAUGUUUUAUUUGGUGCAUACGUAAUACAAUUAUAUGGACCAUUGAAUUUUUUUGGUACCUAUUAUCGUCUUAUACAACAAGCAUUUGUUGAUAUGGAAAAUAUGCUUGAUUUACUUGAUAUUAAACCUGAUGUACAAGAUUCACCAUUUGCUAAAGAUCUUGUUAUUAAUAAUGGAAUGAUUGAAUUUGAUAAUGUUUGCUUUCAUUAUCAAAAUGAACGACAAAUUCUUAAAAAUGUUUCAUUCAGUAUUUUACCUGGACAAACUUUAGCAAUUGUUGGACCAUCGGGUGCAGGAAAAAGUACAAUUGUUCGUUUACUUUUUCGAUUUUAUGAUGUUCAAAGUGGUUCAAUUAAAAUUGAUGGAACUGAUAUUUCAGUUGUAACACAAAAUUCACUUCGUCGUUCAAUUGGUGUUGUACCACAAGAUACAGUUUUAUUUAAUAAAAAUAUUUUAUAUAAUAUUCGUUAUGGCAGAGUUACAGCAACUGAUAGAGAAGUUGAAAAUGCUGCACGUACUGCUGAAAUGCACGAUCGUAUUAAUACAUUUCCUGAAGGAUAUAAAACAAUUGUUGGUGAACGUGGUUUAAAAUUAUCUGGUGGUGAAAAACAACGUGUUGCUAUUGCUCGAACACUUCUUAAAGCACCAGCUAUUGUUUUAUUAGAUGAAGCAACUUCAGCACUUGAUACACAUACAGAACGUCAAAUUCAAUCAGCAUUACAAACUGUAUGUGAUGGACGUACAACAUUAAUUGUUGCACAUCGUUUAUCAACAAUUUCACAUGCUGAUGUUAUUAUUGUUCUUAAAGACGGUGAAGUUGUUGAACGUGGUUCACAUGAUGAACUUUUAACUAAAACUGAUGGAGUUUAUGCAAGUAUGUGGAAACAACAAUCAACAUCUUAUACAAAUGCAGAUAAACCAACAACUAUUAGUGAUGAUAGUGCAGAUGGACAAGUAUUUGCUCCAACAAAUCAAUCUCAUCAUCAUCAUCAUUAA